AAGUAAGAAUUAGUACCUGCUUUCUCACCCAGCCCUGCACAGACCAGAUUUUUAAGACUGAAACUCAGUCCCAAUUAGUUUUUUUCCCUUGUCUUCCAUCUUAGAGAGGAAAUUCUAGAAAAGGUUAAGGGUUGGAGAAAGCAGCAGAGGAGGAAACAGCACAACUAUGGGGAGUGGAAUCAGUGCUGAGGACAAAGAACUGGCCAAGAGGUCCAAGGAGCUAGAAAAGAAGCUGCAGGAGGAUGCCGACAAGGAAGCCAAGACCGUCAAGCUGCUAUUACUGGGUGCUGGGGAAUCAGGAAAAAGCACCAUCGUCAAACAAAUGAAGAUCAUCCAUCAGGACGGCUACACACCAGAAGAAUGCCUGGAGUAUAAGUCUAUCAUCUAUGGCAAUGUGCUGCAGUCCAUCCUGGCUAUUAUCCGGGCCAUGUCCACAUUGGGCAUCAACUAUGCUGAGCCAGGCUGUGCAGAUGAUGGGCGACAGCUCAACAACCUGGCGGAUUCCAUCGAGGAGGGCACCAUGCCUCCUGAGCUGGUGGAGGUCAUCAGGAAACUGUGGAAGGAUGACGGGGUGCAAACCUGCUUUGACAGAGCUGCAGAGUACCAGCUCAAUGACUCGGCAUCUUACUACCUAAACCAACUAGACAGGAUUACAGCUUCUGACUACCUCCCGAAUGAACAAGAUGUGCUACGAUCCAGAGUCAAAACCACAGGCAUCAUUGAGACCAAAUUUUCAGUUAAAGACUUGAACUUCAGGAUGUUUGAUGUGGGAGGGCAAAGAUCAGAGAGAAAGAAGUGGAUCCAUUGCUUUGAGGGUGUUACCUGCAUCAUCUUCUGUGCAGCCCUCAGUGCUUACGAUAUGGUGCUGGUGGAAGACAACGAAGUGAAUCGUAUGCAUGAGUCACUGCACCUGUUCAACAGCAUAUGUAACCACAAAUUCUUUGCGGCUACUUCUAUUGUCCUCUUUCUCAACAAGAAGGACCUUUUUGAGGAAAAAAUCAAGAAAGUGCAUCUCAGCAUUUGUUUUCCAGAAUAUGAUGGAAAUAAUUCCUAUGAAGAUGCGGGAAAUUAUGUCAAGAGUCAGUUCCUUGACCUCAACAUGCGAAAAGAUGUCAAAGAAAUCUAUAGUCACAUGACCUGUGCUACUGAUACUCAGAAUGUCAAAUUUGUAUUUGAUGCAGUUACAGACAUUAUCAUCAAAGAAAAUCUCAAGGACUGUGGACUCUUCUAAUCCUCACCAUCCCUCAAGUAUAUAUUCCACACACAGGCUUGAAAUAUGGGUAGUUUUAAGCAGAAAAUUAUAGGUUAGUAUAC